AUGGCAGCGGCACCAGAGUCGGACAACGGGAGCGAGGUGGGCCCGACCGGGGACUCGGGGGCGUUCGCUUCGCCGGUGAAGGCGAGGGAGAGGGCGCCGGAGUCGGAGGCCGGCGCCUCGGCGGCGACGGCGUCCGAGUCCUCGGAGACGAGGGUCGACGACGGCAAUAUCCAGGAGGCCGAGUCCUCGCUCCGCGAGGGCCUCUCCCUCAACUACGAGGAAGCAAGAGCUCUCCUCGGGAGACUAGAAUAUCAGAGAGGAAAUGUGGAAGCUGCACUUCGAGUAUUUGAUGGAAUAGACCUUCAAGCUGCUAUUCAGCGUUUCCAACCGUCGCUUUCAGAAAAACCAUCUUCCAAGCGGAAUAACAAACUACGGUCAGAUUCAUCGAAUUCAGGAUCACAGCAUGCUGCUAGCCUUGUUCUUGAAGCCAUUUACUUGAAGGCAAUGUCUCUUCAAAAGUUGGGGAAAGCAAUAGAGGCCGCUCAACAGUGUAAAAGCGUCCUUGAUGCUGUUGAAAGUAUCUUCCAACGUGGCAUACCUGAUGUCAUGGUUGAACAAAAGCUGCAGGAAACUGUCAGUAAAUCAGUUGAGCUACUCCCAGAACUUUGGAAGCAAGCUGGGGCUUAUCAAGAAGCACUUGCUUCUUACCGGCGUGCUCUUCUUAGUCAAUGGAAUCUCGACGAUGAAUGCUGCACGAGGAUUCAGAAGAGGUUUUCUGUUUUUCUGUUGUAUGGUGGUGUUGAGGCAAGUCCGCCGAGCUUGGCUUCACAAACCGAAGGUUCAUUUGUUCCUAAGAAUAAUUUGGAAGAGGCAAUCCUUCUGCUCAUGAUACUAUUGAAGAAGUGGUACCUUGGAAAGACUCACUGGGAUCCCUCAGUGAUGGAGCAUCUAACCUUUGCAUUGUCACUCUGUGGCCAGACAUCUGUGCUUGCCAAGCAUUUUGAAGAAGUUUUGCCUGGAAUAUACCCUCGAACUGAGAGAUGGUAUAGUCUAGCCCUUUGUUAUUCUGCAGCUUCGGAUAAUGAAGCGGCAUUAAAUUUGCUAAAGAAGUCUUUGAAUAAAAAUGAGAGUCCCAAUGACAUAAAUGCCCUGCUUUUAGCUGCUAAGAUAUGUAGUUCGGACUAUUAUCUUGCUUCUGAGGGUGUAGAGUAUGCAAAGAGAGCAAUCACUGAUGACGAAUUAUUAGAUGGGCAUUUAAGGAGUGUUGCGCUCCAUCUCUUAGGGAGUUGUCUGGCUAAUAAGUCUAAAAUUGCUUCGUCCGAUCAUCAAAGAUCUCUCUUACAGGCUGAAGCUUUGAAAUCACUUGGUGAGGCAUUUUCCCUUGACCGGCACAACCCAGAUUUAAUAUUUGACAUGGGGGUUGAGUACGCUGAGCAACGAAACAUGCAGGCUGCACUGAAAUGUGCAAAGCAGUUCAUUGACACAACUGGUGGAUCUGUUUCUAAGGGCUGGAGGUUGCUAUCUUUGGUUCUUUCAGCACAGCAGAGGUAUUCAGAAGCAGAAGUGGUGACUGAUGCUGCAUUAGAUGAAACUGCAAAAUGGGAACAAGGGCCAUUACUUAGAAUAAGGGCUAAACUGAAAGCAGCCCAAUCAUUGCCCAUGGAAGCAGUUGAAGCAUACCGUGCCCUUCUUGCUCUUGUUCAGGCACAACGGAAGGCUUAUGGGUCUUUAAAAAAUGGCACAGAGGAAAGGGAUAAUAAAGUGAGUGAGUUUGAAGUUUGGCAAGGUCUUGCCAACUUGUAUGCUAGUCUUUCGUACUGCAGAGAUGCCGAAAUAUGUUUGCAGAAGGCUAAAGCUCUGAAAACUUAUUCUGCCACAACACUUCAUGCAGAAGGUGACAUGCAUGAGGUUGGUGAGCAAACGCAGCACGCGCUGGCUGCAUACUUGAAUGCACUCUCGACAGAGGUAGAUCAUGUACCAUCCAAGGUAUCCAUCGGUGCUCUCCUGUCGAAACAAGGGCCCAAGUAUCUCCCUGUGGCGAGGAGCUUCCUGUCGGAUGCCCUAAGGCUCGAGCCUACGAACCGGAUGGCCUGGUUCUACCUAGGACAGGUCCACAAGCAUGACGGGAGGCUAGCUGAGGCCGCUGAUUGCUUUCAGGCGGCCUCGAUGCUUGAGGAAUCAGAACCGCCACUGUUCCGGCACCUGGAGUUACCGCGAACAGAUGAGAGGAGUCAGUCUGGCUAUUCACCCGUUACAGAUCUGAAGCGAACUAUUCAGCCAUAUAGGGCGCAAAUAGGAGAAUUGGUGCCUCAUCACCAAAUGGGCGUGGAAGAUAAUCUAUCGGAGAUGCUCUUACAAUGUUUUGCCAACCCAAACGCCAGGGUGGCGGAUAUAUGGGUUAAUGGGCGUUGGGCCGCAGGAUUUCGUCGAGCUCUUGGCCUGAUCGAAAGAGAGGACUGGGAUCAAAUGAGGAUGUAUCUUCCUUUCCGACAGAUUUCAGAUGGCGACGGUGUGUUUUUGACAGUCUCAUUCUACAAGGAAAUUUUUAAGUCCUGUCCUAAGUGGGAGGUGAUGGAUAUCUGGAAGGCAAGAGUCCCGGCCAAAAUUAUGAUCUUUUUGUGGCAAGUAGCCCACAACCGUAUCCCUAGUGGAGAUCAAGUCCUUAAGAGGCAUGGACCGGGAGAUGGGCAAAUGUGUAUGGUGUGGUGA